UGUGAGUCAUGAGAGGGGUCUGAGGUUUUGUGAAUCCAUGACUCCGAUAUUAUAUUUAUUCCUGUAGUGCAUAUUCUUUGUCUGAGUCAGGAAUUAUAAAUUAGACGGCUUACUUGAAUCUCCCAGCUGGACUCUGCAGCGGCAUAACACGAUCUAUGCAUGGCUUGGACGGAACAUAUACCAUAGCUCCAAUAUGACACUCGCCACCCCGCCGCCCAGCCUUGUUGUACGAAUCGAGCAGGCAGAGGAGACACACGUCGUGCGCCAAGCUGAGGCGGUACAAACACUGUACCCGUCCUGCGAUGUCCUGAUUCAGCACCAGAGUGUAGCCGGAGGCGCCGCCAUCCGUACUGUCCCCCGAUUCGAGGGCAAGCUAAGCCGCAUCGUUGGGCUAGGGCUCCAAGGCUCCUUCACAUCGCAGGAUCUCUGCAAUCUCGAGUCAACUUACGCCGCAAUCGGUCUUUCUCCGGAAAUCCAUCUGUGCGAGUACGCAGACCCUUCCGCAGGGCAGGUUCUCACUCGUGCCAGGUAUUUCUCCAAGGGGAGGCUGAGUGUCUAUUGCAUGGACCUGGAGAAUUCAGAUGAACCGGUCGUCGCGCGGAAGGGUCACCCUAAGAGGAAGAAUAUCACGGUCAGGGAGGUGGCUUCGGAUGUCGAUCGCGAGCACUUCGUCGCUGUUUCCAUUGCGGGAUUCGCGGAUGGGGGACGCUCGGAGGAGCUGCUGGGCGCCUUGGCCAGGAUCGCGGCCCUGAGAGCUGAUACGAGACUCUACAUCGCGACGACAGACGCCGGAGCAGUGGUCGGCACCGCGGCAUUGGCCGUCCUGGGUACGCAUACAGCCGGCGAGAGCAUCGGGCAUUUGUACUUGGAUAGUACAGUGCCGCUGUCUCGCGGGAUGGGUGCCCAUGUGGCACUCAUACAGGCGCGUUUGAGGGCUGCCAGAGGCAUGGGGUUGAAGCUGGUGACGCUGAGUACAAGGGAAGGCAGUGGAAGCGCCAGAAAUGCAGAAAAGACCGGGUUUAGAGUGGCAUAUCGGAAGGAUGUAUAUGUCAAAGGUUGAGCUGGGCCCACAGCUUGGGGGAUUCUGCGCAUAGAUGGCACUCUCUCAGAUAAUCGUGAGCUGGGCACGCAGUCCAGUAGGGUUGGGUUAGUCUUAUGUGUUCAUCUUAAGGUCUUUGCGUUAAGUCUAGAUUCAUAUGAUAGAAGUCCGAAGAGUGCGCUUCUUGCACUCGGUAUCAAAGUCCACAAUGCCAUCCAAUGGCCAUCAUUGGUCUCAUUGUCUACAGAAAUGUCGAUGAUUGCAGUCAAGUCUCA